GGGAGAGAGCGCUGGGUCUUCCCUGCCGCCUUCUGUCCCUGCUGUUGGAUUUCGACUUGCGGGAGGCUGAGGACGAUGGAUCCCAAUGAAAUGCCUGCUGUGCCCUGCUGCCCCUCCGACCCCCCUAUUGGACUUGAGACUGGAGCCCCGUGGGGGAUUGAACUUGGCCCCACAAGAGCUGUGAGUCGCUGUGCCCGCUGCUACAACCACGGCUUCACUGACCAAGUCAAGGACCAGGAUCACUUCUGCCUCUUCAAGGCCUGCGAGUGUCACAAGUGUGCCUUCUUCUCGGAACACCACAGUGUCUUGCCUGCUGAGAGUGCCUUGAAGAGGGAGCAGGGGGCAAACCUAAAGAGGCACCUGGCUCAAGGGCAGACAAGGAGUGAGGCCUCCCCUCCCAAAGCUCACAGCCAUGUCAAGAAGUUGACCAUUCAAGCCGGAGCCCUCAACAAGCGCCCAAGGAGCUCUGCUGACCGGUCCUACCCCAAAAUCUUUGUCUCCGUCCUGGACUCCAGCAGCCUUGAAGACGCGACUAACAAUUUUUCUUUCCAGGAAGACCCACAGGGCUCCUGCCCUGCCCAGGAUGCUCCUGAAUCUUCUGACCAGGACUCGGAUUCCGCCUCAGAGUGGCAGCGGAAACUGGAAGCGGCCGAGGCUCUGCUGAUUCUGAGAGACUCUCCCCAGGCAUCUUCUGGCUCCAGCUCCGUGCUCCAUCCCUGCGUGGCGACAAAUCCUGCUGAAGAUAGAGGACCCCAGCCUCCUAACCCUUCUCUGCGACCCAGGGAGCCAGCUCCAUUUCUCUGCCUACUGGGCAUCUGGGGUGCAUCUCCCUCUUGACCUGGAAGCCCAGAAGAGGAGGCCUCACUCCUCUUAUGCUUUUGCAAAAUGUUUAAUAUCCAAUAUGCUUAACAUUUUCUUAAACCUUCACUUUCUUUUACAAGCCUUUCAGACCCUUUUUAUUAUGUGGGGCAAUUCCUUGGCUGAGGGUGCGUAUUCUUGUACCUCCAUUUCUUACUGCUUUGUAUUUUGGGGCCUUCUAUGUCUCUUAUAAAACCAGGGUUGUGCAAUCUAAGCUGGUCGGUCUCUAAAUAGGGUUCUGUAGGAGGUCAUGUGUUCAUAUGCCAGAGUUUUCAUUUGACUUGUGAUUCCAAACAUAGCUGUGCACUCACGUCUAUAUCCAUGCUUGUCAAAAUCUAAGGGUGUUUUCAUUUUGUGUCCACAUUUAUGUGUGUGAACAAAUAAUAAACCCUUGCUGUUGUAAGGCAGUGAGAUAGAGGCGUUGUUUGUGGUCACAGUAUAACGUAGACCAUCCUGACUCUAACAGACAUGUUCCAUUUACAUUCCAAAGUGAGAAUCACCUUACUCAAUAACUGGGAUUUAUUAACACGACUAGACCAGAAAACG